CUGAGGCGGAGCGGCCGCCAUUUUAUCUUUUGCUGCUGUCGGCGGCGCUUCUGCUUUCCGGCGCCUGAAGUGAACAAGGGGCGGCGGCGGCGCCCCCCCUUAUUUUUCUAUCCUUCUCUCGGUCGCCCGCCCGUGUUGUUUCGCUUUCGGUUCCCGGUGGCUGCAUCGGCAGUGAGCGGGGGAGGCGAAGCUGCCCGCCGGAGCCGGACGGGGCCACUGAUGAGGCGGCCCUGGCCCGGGUUGAGUGACGCGCGGGACGGAGCUGACGGGGGUCAGGAUGAAACGAGGAAGAAAAAACAGCAAAGCCAGCGAUCACUUAUCAGAUGAGGAGAAUACAACAGGGGACAAAAAGCGGAAGACAGCGGAUCAAGGAUGUGCCCAAGUGCUUCAGAGCCCUGAUUGGGGAAACCUCAUUCCAGACAUUGUUCUGCAGGUGUUCCAGUAUUUACCUCUCCUCGAUCGUGCCCAUGCAUCGCAGGUCUGCCGUAGGUGGAACCAGGUGUUCCAUAUGCCUGAGCUGUGGAGAUGUUUUGAGUUUGAGCUGAAUCAGCCAGCUACAUCUUAUUUGAAGGCUACUCAUCCAGAGCUCAUUAAGCAAAUUAUCAAAAGGCAUUCCAAUCAUCUACAGUAUGUUAGUUUCAAGGUGGACAGCAGCAAGGAAUCGGCUGAAGCAGCUUGUGACAUUUUAUCACAGCUCGUGAACUGCUCCUUAAAAACUCUUGGCUUAAUUUCCACCGCUCGACCAAGCUUCAUGGAUUUACCAAAGUCACACUUUAUUUCUGCAUUGACAGUGGUGUUCGUAAACUCCAAGUCACUUUCUUCACUUAAGAUUGAUGAUACACCAGUAGAUGAUCCAUCUCUCAAGGUACUGGUAGCUAACAACAGUGAUACCCUGAAAUUGUUAAAGAUGAGCAGUUGUCCUCAUGUUUCUCCAGCAGGGAUCCUCUGUGUAGCCGACCAGUGCCAUGGUUUGCGUGAGCUUGCAUUAAACUACCACCUGCUGAGUGAUGAACUCCUCCUCGCCCUGUCUUCGGAAAAACAUGUUCGAUUAGAACACUUGCGCAUAGACGUAGUCAGUGAGAAUCCUGGACAGACCCACUUCCACGCAAUCGAGAAGAGCAGUUGGGAUGCUUUCAUCAGACAUUCUCCCAAAGUAAAUUUAGUGAUGUAUUUUUUCUUAUAUGAAGAGGAGUUUGGUCCAUUCUUCCGUUAUGAGACACCCGUCACACACCUUUAUUUUGGGAGGUCAGUAAGCAAAGAUGUACUUGGCAGAGUCGGAAUGACAUGUCCACGAUUGGUUGAACUGGUAGUGUGUGCCAAUGGAUUACGGCCCCUGGACGAAGAGCUCAUCCGCAUUGCAGAACGCUGUAAGAAUCUGUCAGCUAUCGGCCUCGGGGAGUGUGAAGUCUCUUGCAGUGCCUUUGUGGAGUUUGUGAAGAUGUGUGGUGGCCGUCUUUCUCAGUUGUCUAUCAUGGAAGAAGUCCUGAUUCCUGACCAGAAGUACAGCUUGGAGCAGAUUCAUUGGGAAGUGUCAAAACACCUUGGUAGAGUCUGGUUUCCAGAUAUGAUGCCCACAUGGUAGAGUUUCUGAGGACUUCAUGUGGAACAGCACCUUAUGUUUUGAGUAUACCCUCUUGCGUCUUUAAAUCACAUAAGGUUAUUUAAUACCAUAGAGUUUUAUUGUAAUGUGUUCUUAGAAACAUUAAUGUACUAUUUAAUGCCGGCUUCUAAAAUCUAGCUUGAAGGGAACAAUCUGAGGAUGUUCAGAGCACUUACCUGUAUAAAACGUUUUCUAGUUAUGCCCUCCUUUAAUUGAGUCAGGCCUCUAAUGUAUAUAGACAAUACAACAAGCUGACUGAUAACUCAGAUUCUGUUCCAGAUUUUGCUGAGACAUUAGAGCAGUGAUUCCCCCCAGCAUGGUAACCACCAUUUUGUUUCCUGGUCCUCACUUGCUUCUUGCCCUUAGGAUCUUUUCCCCACAGUAAAGAGCCAGUCUUGGCUUUUAUCUUCUCCACUGGAGUAGGAGGUGCUUGAGAAGAGCCAGGAGGCAUCACCUUUCCAACUGCAAGGGGGGGUGCCCAGUUGAAAAUGGCUGCCUUCAUCACAGGAGGAUGCUUGGUUUGAAGCCUCCUAACAUUUUGUGGAACCUCCCACCGUUUGGGGAUUGGUAGCAGCCAUUCAGGAAGUGCCCACAGAUUCAGCACUGCUGGGGAUCACUGCAUCACAGUAUUUUUUGUCCCCCCUGCUACUUUAACUUUAGGUGCCGCGACUGACUGUAACACAAUUUGCAGGGAGAAGGAUUUGGUUUUAUUGGAGACUUGCAGUUGCUGACAUCCAGUACAGGUUGUAAAACAGCCGUUUAGACUACAAAACGUACUUUAGGUUGUUGCACAGCAUACAAUAAUCAAUAUGCUGUUAAGUAUUUUGAUAAAACUAUAGAUAGAGCAAUACAGCUAUGAAGUUGGACCUAAACCUAUAUGUAGAGAAAGUAAUCAAUUGUAUGCUGCUUAUUAAAUCACUCUAGCAAAUAUUGUUUCCAAAAGCUUCCC